CUGCCGCCAGCCUGUGAGCCCACAGUGUCCGGAUGGCGUGUGGCAGCAGGAGAGUCACCAUCCAGUUGGUUAACGAGGAGACAGGGCCUGAAACCAAGGGCCCAAAGCUCUUUCGCGGCCAGAACUACGAAGCAAUCCGAGCAGCCUGCCUGGAUGAGGGGAUCCUGUUCCGAGAUCCUUACUUCCCUGCUGGCCCUGAUGCCCUUGGCUACGACCAGCUGGGGCCCCACUCGGAGAAGGCCAAAGGGGUGGAAUGGAAGAGGCCCCACGAGUUUUGCACUGAGCCCCAGUUCAUCUGUGAGGACAUGAGUCGAACAGAUGUGUGUCAGGGGAGACUGGGUAACUGCUGGUUUCUUGCGGCUGCUGCCUCCCUCACUCUGUACCCCCGACUCCUGUCCCGUGUGGUACCCCCGGGACAGGGCUUCCAACAUGGCUACGCAGGUGUCUUCCACUUUCAGCUCUGGCAGUUUGGCCGCUGGGUGGACGUCGUGGUGGACGACAGGCUGCCUGUGUGCGAGGGGAAGCUGAUGUUCGUGCGCUCUGAUCAGCGGAACGAGUUCUGGGCUCCGCUGCUGGAAAAGGCCUAUGCUAAGCUCCACGGCUCCUAUGAGGUGAUGCGAGGCGGCCACAUGAAUGAGGCUUUUGUGGACUUCACAGGGGGUGUAGGUGAGGUGCUUUACCUGAAGAAGGACACUCCAAACCCUCCGGGCCUCUUCUCCAUCCUGCGCCGUGCCCUGGCCAAGGAGUCCCUCGUGGGGGCCACUGCCCUGAGUGAUCGGGGUGAGUACCGGACAGGCGACGGGCUGGUGAAGGGACACGCAUAUUCAGUCACGGGCACACACAAGGUGUCACUGGGCUUCACUAAGGUGCGGCUGCUGCGGCUGCGGAACCCAUGGGGCCGAGUGGAGUGGAAUGGGGCCUGGAGCGACAGCUGCCCACGCUGGGAUGCGCUCCCUACAGAGUGGCGUGAUGCCUUGCUGGUGAAAAAAGAGGAUGGCGAGUUCUGGAUGGAGCUGCUGGACUUCUUCCGCCACUUUGACACUGUCCAGAUCUGCUCGCUGAGCCCCGAAGUGCUGGGCCCCAGCCCGGCUGGAGGCGGCUGGCACAUCCACACCUUCCAAGGCCGCUGGGUGCGCGGCUUCAACUCUGGCGGGAGCCAGCCUGGUGCCGAAACCUUCUGGAUGAACCCCCAGUUCCGGCUGACGUUGCUGGAGCCUGAUGAAGAGGAUGAGGACGAGGAUGGAUCCUUGGGGUGCUGGGGGGCAGCAGGGGCAGGGGGCCCCGUGCGGGGCGCUCGCACCCCCAAAUGCACUGUUCUCCUAUCACUCAUCCAGCGCAACCAGCGGCGCCUGAGGGCCCAGGGCCUCAAAUACCUGACCGUGGGCUUCCACGUGUUCCAGAUCCCAGAGGAGCAACUGGGCCUGUGGGACUCCCCGCGGAGUCGCGCGCACUUGUCCGGCCUGCUGCGCGCUGACCGCUCACCAUUCUGCGCCCGCCGCGACGUGAGCCGCCGCUGUCGCCUGCGCCCGGGCCACUACCUGGUGGUGCCCAGCGCCGCCCGUGCCGGCGAUGAGGCCGACUUCACGCUGCGCGUGUUCUCUGAGCGCCGCCACACGGCCAUGGAGGUAGAUGACGUGAUCAGCGCCGACCUGCACGCGCUUAUGGUCCCCUACAUUCCCCUGGAGCUGGAGUUGCAGCAGCUUUUUCAGGAGCUGGCAGGAGAGGAGGAAGAACUUGGCGCCCCUCAGCUCCAGAUCUUGUUAAGCAUCGCCCUGGAGCCUGCCAGGGCCCAUGCCCAGACCCCCAGAGAAAUCGGGCUCAGGACCUGUGAGCAGCUGCUGCAGUGUUUUGGGCAUGGGGGAAGUCUGGACUUGUACCACUUCCAGCAGCUCUGGGGCCACCUCCUGGAGUGGCAGGCCACAUUCGAUAAGUUCGACGAGGACGCCUCUGGAACCAUGAACUCCUAUGAGCUGAGGCUGGCGCUGAAUGCGGCGGGCUUCCACCUGAACAACCAGCUGACCCAGGCCCUCACGAGCCGCUACCGUGACAGCCGCCUGCGUGUGGACUUUGAGCGCUUCGUGUCCUGCAUGGCCCAGCUCAUCUGCAUCUUCCUGGAUGCAGGUGGCCACCUUCUCCUAGAUCUCAGCCCGGGAUCCCUGCCUCUCCCCCAUCCCAGCCCGGACCGCGGGGAGGGAGCAGCUGCUCUGACGGUGGACGGUCGUCUGAGCACGGCCUUGGGAGCCAGCCUGCCUGGAGCUGAUUUCAGGCCCCACCCCUCACCGGCUGGGUGACACUGGGCAAGUCCCUGCACCUGUUUCGUCCUGCCCUGUGCAGGCUGCACGAGUCUGCCCACAUCACACGCUGAGAACAGUGGCUGGCCCAGAGUGGGUCCCCAGAGGCACCCCUAUGCUCACACACUCACGGGAACAAGGACUGGGUUGCGCCCAAGCCCCCACUUCGCUCUGGGAAGGGGUGCUCCAUCAUCACUCUCCAAAGAAGUGGAGAACAGGGAUAGAAAAACAGAGGACGCUGUAGGAAUCCUUAAAAAUAUUACAUGUUUUAUUAUCCUGUCCCCAGAAGGGAGGUUUAUCCAGAAACCGGGAAAAAAAUAAUCAAGAAUAAACUCAAAAAAAUAAGGCGGGGGGGGGGGCGAGGUGGUUAGGGAAGGGAGAGCAAAACCAUCCACUAACAGGCAACUAGGCCAGCAGCCCACCCUCCACCUCAGGAGGGUCCCCAGAGACCCAUGCCCGACGGCAGACAUCAGAGAGAAUCGGUGAGGGGCUGGGGGAGGGGAGCCAAUCAGCUAUAUCUUCAUUAUGAGAGCAAGAGGCGGCGAAGAUAUGUUGCUAGGUGAAUAUAUAUUUAUAUAAUAAAUCCGUAAGUUAAUAAAGUAAAUAGUAAUUCUCUGAAAGGUUGAUUUUUUUUUAUAGCUUUUUUUUGUGAAUUUGUGUGUGUGUGUGUCGAGAGGUGGGGGGCGCGGUGUGGGGAAGGAGGGUGGUCCUUAGAAAAUCUGAAGAGAUACAUAGGUCCAGACAAAGCAAAGAGGGGAGUGUCUGGGGAUGAGGGCCGGAGGCUCGUCUGCCUGGCCCCACUCCUAUCGCAGAAGAAGGGGGGGACUGAGCUGAAGCCCCUCACGUCCUGGCAACGCCAAGCUGGAGGGGAGGGGAGAUGGAGCAGGCAGGUCCUCUUUCCUGCCGGGCGGCCCGGGCACCCUCUGUGGGGCCCAUUGCAGGCUCGGCGGUUCCUGAACAAGGCACGUCGGGCUUUGGCCUGGAUGUAGGAGGCCUUGAAGGGACCUCGGGGGAGAAGGGGUGGGGGUGCCGUUUCUAGGGCUUGGAGGGGGCCUGUUUUGCUGUGAGGAUCCACUGUUCCCUCCACAAAGUUAGAAAAAAAAAAAAA